ACCUGAAGAUUUCCUUUCCUGUACCUAGCUGUUUAUUGUAUGUAAUCAAAUUAAAUUUAGGUUAAACUGAACUAAAUAUUUAUAAACUGUGCAGAACGUAGAACUUAACAUGGACAGCAAGACAACAAAAAUGCCGAAAGUGGCAAAGGUGAAGAACAAAGCACCAGCAGAAAUCCAAAUAACAGCUGAACAAUUGCUUAGGGAAGCCAAAGAACGAGACCUUGAGAUAUUACCACCGCCACCUAAACAGAAAAUAUCUGAUCCUGAGGAACUUCGAGACUACCAACAUCGUAAACGUAAAGCAUUUGAGGACAACAUAAGAAAGAACAGACUUGUUAUUGGGAACUGGCUUAAAUAUGCACAAUGGGAAGAAUCACAAAAGCAAAUCCAAAGAGCUCGUUCAAUAUAUGAGCGUGCUUUGGAUGUGGAUCACAGAAAUGUUACCUUAUGGCUGAAGUAUACUGAAAUGGAAAUGAGAAACAGACAGGUAAACCAUGCCCGGAAUCUAUGGGACAGAGCUGUUACAAUUCUGCCAAGAGUAUCUCAGUUUUGGUACAAAUAUACUUACAUGGAGGAAAUGUUGGAAAAUGUAGCUGGAGCAAGACAGGUAUUUGAACGUUGGAUGGAAUGGCAUCCAGAUGAGCAAGCUUGGCAAACAUACAUAAACUUUGAAUUGAGGUACAAAGAACUUGAACGGGCUAGACAAAUCUAUGAACAGUUUGUUAUGGUGCAUCCAGAUGUAAAGAAUUGGAUAAAAUAUGCAAAAUUUGAAGAAAACCAUGGUUUUAUAAAUGGCUCUAGGACAGUUUUUGAGAGAGCUGUUGAAUUCUUUGGUGAUGAAGAAUUAGAUGAAAGACUGUUUAUAGCGUUUGCCAAAUUUGAAGAAAAUCAAAAAGAACAUGACAGAGCAAGAGUGAUUUACAAAUAUGCUCUGGAUCAUGUCCCAAAAGACAGAAAUAAAGAACUUUAUAAAGCUUAUACUAUUCAUGAAAAGAAGUAUGGUGAUAGAUCUGGCAUUGAGGAUGUAAUAGUGAAUAAGAGAAAGUAUAUGUAUGAACAGGAAGUUAUAGAGAAUCCCACAAAUUAUGAUGCAUGGUUUGAUUAUAUUAGAUUAGUGGAGAAUGAGGGUAAUUUAGAUGACAUAAGAGACACAUAUGAGAGAGCAAUUGCAAAUAUUCCUCCUUCAAAGGACAAACAAUUUUGGAGGCGUUAUAUUUACUUGUGGAUUAAUUACGCUUUGUAUGAAGAGUUAGAAGCAGAAGAUUUAGAUCGAACAAGACAAGUUUACAGAACCUGUUUAGAACUAAUUCCUCAUAAGAUAUUUACUUUCUCAAAAAUAUGGCUCAUGUAUGCUCAGUUUGAAGUGAGAUGUAAAGAUUUAAAGCAAGCAAGAAAAACACUUGGCAUGGCUCUGGGCAUGUGCCCCAGAGAUAAAUUAUACAGAGGUUAUAUAGACCUUGAGAUACAGUUGAGAGAAUUUGACAGAUGUAGAAUAUUAUACCAGAAAUUCUUAGAGUAUGGUCCAGAAAAUUGUGUAACAUGGAUAAAGUUUGCAGAGUUAGAAACUCUGCUUGGAGAUACAGAUCGCGCAAGGGCUAUUUAUGAAAUAGCUGUAGGUCAACAGAGAUUAGAUAUGCCAGAAUUGUUGUGGAAAAGCUAUAUCGAUUUUGAGGUAUCACAAGGAGAAACUGAAAAAGCAAGACAGCUUUAUGAAAGACUUUUGGAACGAACAGUUCAUGUCAAAGUGUGGCUUUCAUAUGCUAAAUUUGAAUUGAAUGCUGAAAAUGCUGAUAAUAUUAAUGUUGAAUUGGCAAGACGGGUAUAUGAGCGUGCUAAUGAUAGUCUAAGAAGUGCAGGCGAAAAAGAAUCGAGAGUUCUUCUCUUAGAAGCAUGGAAGGAAUUUGAAACAGAAAUUGGAGAUGAAGUGAAACUUGAAAAAGUCCUUGCCAAAAUGCCUAGACGUGUCAAGAAGAGGCAGAAGAUUAUUAGUGAAGCUGGUGUUGAAGAAGGCUGGGAAGAAGUAUUUGAUUAUAUAUUUCCAGAAGAUGAAAUGGUUAGACCUAAUCUUAAAUUGCUUGCUGCAGCUAAGAACUGGCGCAAACAACAAGAAAUACCUCAAAGUACACAAAAUGAAAAGGAUGAUAAUGAUGAGGAACCAGGAACCCCUGAAGGACAUCCUACACAAGAUAGUUCAAGUAAUGAUGGGUCAACAACGGCAGAAUAACAUUAAGAUAAAAUAAAAAUCCAAAUAAAAUCUA